CGCCUUCCCCCCGCCGGAAGUGACGCGCGCGGGCCGGAAGUGGCAGGCGGCCUUUCCGGUGUGGCGGCGUGAGGGCGGCGGAGGCGAUGCCGACCGGGGACUACGACUCCAAGCCCAGCUGGGCUGACCAGGUGGAGGAGGAGGGAGGAGAGGAUGACAAGGUGAUCACCUCUGAGCUCCUCAAGGAUCUGCCCCUGCCCGGGGUCCUGGGAGGCCCCUCCAGCGCCGAGGCCGAGCUGCUCAAGGGAGGGCCCCUCCCCUCCCCCAAGGAGGUCGUCAAUGGCAACAUCAAAACCAUCACCGAGUACCGCGAGGAGGAGGACGGGCGCAAGGUCAAGAUCAUCCGAACGUUCCGGAUCGAGACCCGAAAAGCCUCCAAGGCCGUGGCCCGGCGCAAGAACUGGAAGAAAUUUGGGAAUUCCGAGUUCGACGCCCCUGGGCCCAACGUGGCCACGACGACCGUGAGCGACGACGUCUUCAUGACCUUCAUCACCAGCAAGGAGGACCUGAACUGCCAGGAGGAGGAGGACCCCAUGAACAAGCUCAAGGGCCAGAAGAUCGUCUCGUGCCGCAUCUGCAAGGGCGACCACUGGACCACGCGCUGCCCCUACAAGGACACGCUGGGGCCCAUGCAGAAGGAGCUGGCCGAGCAGCUGGGGCUGUCCACGGGCGAGAAGGAGAAGCUGCCAGGAGGUGGGACCCCAACUGGGACACACCUGGGGAUACCUGGGCGGUUUUUGGGGACACCUGGGGGGACAAACCCCACACCUGUGGCCCCUGGGGCUCACCUGAGGCCGCCCCGGCCUCACCUGUGCCCAGCCGAUGACAACGCCACCAUCCGCGUCACCAACCUGUCGGAGGACACGCGCGAGACCGACCUGCAGGAGCUGUUCCGCCCCUUCGGCUCCAUCUCCCGCAUCUACCUGGCCAAGGACAAGACCACGGGCCAGUCCAAGGGCUUCGCCUUCAUCAGCUUCCACCGGCGCGAGGACGCGGCCAGGGCCAUCGCGGGCGUGUCCGGCUUCGGCUACGACCACCUGAUCCUCAACGUGGAGUGGGCAAAGCCCUCCACCAACUGAGCCGCUCCCAGUCCGGCCCCAGUGGGUCCCAGUUGGUCCCAGUUUGGUCCCAGUUGGUCCCAGUUUGGUCCCAGUUGGUCCCAGUUGGUCCCAGUUUGGUUCCAGUAUGGUUCCAGUUUGGUCCCAGUUGGUCCCAGUUUGGUCCCAGUUUGGUCCCAGUUUGGUUCCAGUUCAUCCCAGUUCAAUAAAGCUCUGGGUUCUGGCACCGCCCCC